GCUGGGGUGGGCCAGGGGGGCUCUGGAGGGCUCCAGUCCCCAGACACCGGCACAGAACAGGGCUGGGAGGGUGUCAAUCUGGGUGGGUGACAGCCGGCCCUGGGGUCAGGCAGCCUGGGGCAGGCUGGUUCUGUGUGCAGGGCUGCCCUCCCCUCCCAGCUGUGGGAGCAGCUCUGAGGUGACUGAGGCAUCUUUAACCCUCCCACACGUUGUUGUGCUAUCCUGGGACCCAGCCCAGAUCAUGCUCCUCAGUAAAGGUCAGAGCACAGAUUGGGAAGGAGAAGGGAUUUAUUCCAGCCCAAGCUUUGAAAAGCUUGGAACUCAAGCGCUGGCCCUGAACAUCAGCUUUUCCCUCUUGUUUCUUAUUUAGCAAAUGCUUAACUGUCAUUAAAAAUGAAGUUUUAAGGUCAAGAACAUGGUGUCUAUGUGGGCAGCAUGCUGAGAAGAAGGGCCUUUCAUUGAGCCUCGUUAACUUACUUUGAGGGUCCCACUAUGCCUGACAAUGUAGGGAAAGUAAAUGGCCACGCAGAUGUGCUGUCUUAAUCCAAGAUAAAUGGGGUGAAAUGGCUGCGUUUCUGUACAGCCAGUCAGCAAGCUUAAUGCAGCGUUUGUGCUGGUUCAUCCUGAGCUGCUGGCAGCAGGGAAUUCCCCUUGGAGCCUCCUGGUGCAGAGCGAAAGCACCCAGCAUCGUUUUGACCCGGCAGCAGGGAGUGGUUUGGCUUGGUUGCAGGGCAGUGGUGCUUUCAACUCACUACCAGGAACCCUGCAGCCUGAUUUAUCCUGUUGUGGCACAGGAGAGAGAGUCCUGAAGUGCGAUGAGCCGAGUUCCUCCUCACAAGUCUGGGACAUUGACAGAUCUGUUCUGCUCAGAAUCUCAAAAUACCAUGAGGCAAUAAGAAAAAGGGGUUUUCAUGGUAGCACCUUGAGUGAUGCCCAAGAAGUUCCAAGGUGAAAAUACCAAGUCGGCUGCUGCCCGCGCAAGGAAAGCUGAGGCAAAGGCAGCAGCCGAUGCCAAACGUCAGCAGGAGCUGGAAGAUGCCUACUGGAAGGAUGAAGACAAACACGUGAUGAGGAAGGAGCAAAGGAAGGAAGAGAGGGAGAAGCGAAGGCUGGAGCAGCUGGAGCGCAAGAAGGAACUGCAGCGCCUGCUGGAGGAGGAAGACUCAAAGCUUAAGGGGAAGUCACCCAAGCAAGUGACACCAGGCAAAGUCACCAGGGCCCAGAUCGAGGAGACGAUCAGGAAAGACCAGCAGCAGAAGGAGAAUGCGGAUACAGUGGAGAAGGAGAAGACUCACUUGGAGGUCCCCUUGGAAGAGAACAUCAACAGAAGGGUGCUGGAAGAAGGAUCGGUGGAGGCCAGGACGAUCGAAGAUGCCAUUGCUGCCCUUGGCGUUGCCAACGAUCUGGACCGGCACCCUGAGCGCCGGAUGAAAGCUGCCUUCACAGCUUUUGAAGAGAUCAACCUGCCACGCCUGAAGCAAGAGAACCCAAACAUGCGCCUGUCCCAGCUCAAGCAGCUCCUCAAGAAGGAGUGGAUGAAGUCUCCAGACAACCCCAUGAACCAGAGGCACAAAGCUUACAACAGUCAAAAGUAGGACUAGAGCUGAUCCAUCCCCCACGGACAGUGGGCUGGAGCCCCAGGGCUCUGCUCGGAUGAAAACGGGAGGCGCAAGGAACCUCCUCUCUUUUGGUUUUUCCUUCCCUGCCCUCACUUUCUGUCUUUUCCUGUUCUUGGAUUUAAGAUAAGUGCGAGGCCACUGCUCGCCUCAGCGCCCAGCAGCAUCCGGCCGACUCCACUGACGGCUUUUCCCCUCACCGUUCUCACCCAUUCCCCCGGCAGCCAGUGCAGAGCGGCGUGGACAGACUAACACUACCUUCACGCUUCCAGAUUCAGUUGUUGUCUUAUAAAAACAAGCUACUAACUUGCUUCCAGACCUUCAGCAAGGGCCGUGGUCACGAGGUUUGGUAUCACCGCUGCUACCUGCCAAGGUCGGGAUCCCCACGCUGGCUGGCACCGUGCGUUAACCCACCAACCACCCCGACAUGAACCACACCACGUUCAUUGCCGUCUCUACCAUGGCUGCGUUGCACCCUCGUGCUCUGCAGGGUGAAUCUUUCCAACCAUCACAAGGACAGCAUCUGCCCGGUGUUGUUGGUGUCGUCCUCCAUGCUGGGAUGUCCCUGAAGAGGUGCCAGACCGGGAUCGCUGUUGGCCAUCUCUGGUGCUGCAUUAGAUGAGGAGGAGAAACCACAACGGGUGCAGAAAUUCCAUCAGUGUGGUGGGAAGAGAGAAAAUAACCUUCCAUCUUCAUCAGAACGAGAGAAAUGGCUCAGCACAGCAUGGUUCCUGCCUUGUUCGCGCAGGAAACUGGUGCCAGGCUUUUCUCUGUGAAUUUCCUGGUGGCCUUGCCCAGGGCCUCACACACUGCUUGGUGGGACAGGAGGGUUCCUGGAGGGGCUGCAACACAAGUACUGCCCCACAAAGGGAAGUUGUUCCUCCUCCCAUCGUUUCUCCCCCUGCCUGCUCCCAGACUCAGGCAAGAAGGUACCCCAUAGGCCCGUAGAAAGGGAUGUGAGGUUGCCAGCUCUGCUGGAUGCUCACCUGGCUGUGCCACUUCUGCUCCCCGCUGGCCAAAGGCACAAAGAGAUGGGUGAGCUCCCUUGGGAGAGCAGCAGCAGUGCCCGGGCAGGGCUGGAGAGGCUCAGCCUCGGAGCCACAGCGGAUCCUGCCCCAAGCCUUGAGCAGGUGCUGGCUUUCCCUCUCUUCCUUUUCCCCUUUUACAUCUCUUUUGGGCAUAAAAUCUUCCCUAAGGUCUAAACCCUUGUCUGAGCAGCCACACUGUUGCUGUGGAACAGCCAAACUCACGCCAGGCUCGGCAUCCUGCAGCGUUCUGGGGCGGCAGUUCGGGCUUGUGGUGUUCUGAUGGUACUAAAGAAAAGGGGUUUAUCCCAAGCUGAUUUAUCCUGGCAGCGUGUGCCCUGAUCACCUCUGGAGCCGUUUGCACUUCGGUGGGAAGGGGGUUGAGGAGGCGAUGCUCCAGCUGAAGCGGAGCGCCCGCUGCUGUUUUGGGGCUCUCCCCAUCCCUGUCUGCCCCCCGCUUGCAGAACCAGACUGGAGAAGCUGGGCCAGGCCCUGCCACCGGCCCCCCACCCAGUAAAGACGGGGCCGAAUGUACCCGGUGUUCCUCCCUUUCUGUGAAAACUUUGUUGUGUUUGACCCCAAUUAAAAAUUACCAC